CGCCUGUCGCGGGAGGAGCUGUCGGCGUUGAGAUCAUGUGAGAGUCCACGCUUUGGAGAAAGUAGGUUAGCAGGGUAGACUGAGAGGAAAGCAGGAGGAGAGUCAGGGCGCAGAGAGGGGGGGUCCAAACCAGCGCUCCUUCAUCGUGAGGAUCCGGUCUGUCAACAAAACGGGGGCGGAAAAAAAAACAACAAAGUUAAGGAGAAGCUUUUUGCAGACAGCUACGAUGAGAUCCGAAGCGAUUUCCUUCACUCUUUUAUUUUGCUCGAACUUGAUCGAGCGAUAAAUAGAAGGAGUUGGGUUGUUGUUGUUGUUUUUUUGCCACUUUCAGUUUUUCUUUUUCGGCUUUUUUUUUUGGUGGGUUAUUACGGCCGAUCGCGCUCGGCACUGAGUUAAUAUUUAUAGAGCCAACUCAGUCUGGCUCCAGCGCUUCCUUCGCCUCUCCUCUAUUUCCCAACGCUGAAUUCAUGUAGCCGAUCUUCACCGCCCUGCCCAGAAAUAAAGAAAACAUCAAAAUGAGAGCUCAAAUAGAGAUCAUCCCCUGUAAGAUCUGCGGGGACAAGUCCUCAGGAAUCCACUACGGAGUCAUUACCUGUGAGGGCUGCAAGGGUUUCUUCCGUCGCAGCCAGCAGAACAAUGCCAUGUACUCUUGUUCCCGCCAGAGGAACUGUCUGAUCGACCGAACGAACCGCAAUCGUUGCCAGCACUGCCGCCUGCAGAAGUGUCUGGCUCUGGGCAUGAGCCGAGAUGCCGUCAAGUUUGGUCGCAUGUCAAAGAAGCAGCGCGACAGCCUCUACGCCGAGGUCCAAAAGCAUCAGAAGUCUCAAGAAUGCGUGGGCUCCAACGUCCCCACCGCUCUGUCUCUGCCCAGGGAGGAUGGAGGCUGCGGCAGUGGCGCGGACGACGGCGAGGAGGGCCUGAGCCAGGCCUACAGCAGCGGGGGGUCCACCUCCACCCUCAGCGACCUGGACGACAUCGCUGCGCUGCCCGACCUGUUCGACCUGCCGCUGACGCCCGAGGAGGCCAGCGAGUACUGCAGCCUGGAGCUGCUGGGAGGGGGAGGAGCCAGCGCAGGCAACACGUCCAACUCUUCCUCCUCGUCUUCUCCCUCCUCGUCCAAUCAGAACUCCCCGCAGCAGACAGCGAUGGACUCGACAGACAGCUGCGGGAGCCAGCUCCUUCUCACACACUCGCUGCUGGGACGCAGGCAGUCACUCUUGGACCAUCUGCCCGACGACUGCUCAAUAACAGACCUUGAGCACAUCACCCAGAGUAUUGUAAAGUCUCACCUGGAAACGUGUCAGUACAGCGCCGAUGACAUGAAGAGAUUCACCUGGGUACACUACACACCCGAAGAAACACGAGCUUUUCAAAACAAGUCGGCUGAGUGGAUGUGGCAGCAGUGCGCACACCACAUCACCAAUGCCAUCCAGUACGUGGUGGAGUUUGCCAAGCGCAUAGCGGGCUUUAUGGACCUGUGCCAGAACGAUCAGAUUAUAUUACUCAAAGCAGGCUGUCUGGAGGUCCUACUCAUACGCAUGUGCCGCGCCUUUAACAGCAACAACAGCACCAUCUUCUUCAAUGGAAAAUUUGCCUCGGCUCCGUUCUUCAAAGCACUCGGGUGCGACGAUCUGGUGAGCGCCGUGUUUGAGCUGGGAAAGGGACUCUGUCGUCUGCAGCUCUCAGAUGAGGAGAUGGCCCUGUUUAGCGCUGCUGUUCUUCUAUCCCCUGAUCGACACUGGCUGACAGAAGGUCAGAAGGUUCAGAAACUCCAAGAGAAAGUCUACCUGGCUCUGCAGCACAGUCUACAGAAGAACGGUGCUUCUGAGGAGAAACUGGACAAGAUGUUGUCCAAGCUGCCCGUAAUGAAGUCAAUCUGCAACCUCCACGUUGAUAAACUGGAGUUUUUCCGUCUGAUCCACCCAGAGACUGCCUACAGCUUUCCACCGCUGUACCGGGAAGUGUUUGGCAGCGAGAUGCCUCUGCCGGACUCCACCAACAGCUAGACAAAGAGACGAACAAGAGAGAUAAGGAGAGCACAUUAGAAAGUAGAGGACGCAAACGUGAGACAGAGAGCGAGAGAAAAACCAGCGAGUAAAGCGACAAUCCAGGACUAUAGAUACUCAGUCUCCCAAAGUAGUCCUCCACUAACCCCAGCAGGCAAAGCACCUUACACUACAUAUCACAACAUACUCCUGCUCUACUAAAAAAAAAAAAAAAA